CCACAAUGAGGCCUCCAUCUCAAUUCCACGGCUGGCUAGGCCACGACAAGACCGCCGCCGCGGGCAACAUGACCUGGUCCGCUUUCACGCCGAAGCCCUUGAACAACAUCGACAUCGACAUCAAAGUGAGCCACUGCGGUAUCUGUGGCACGCGAUAUUCAUACCCUCCGUUCUGGUUGGGGCAAUACCCACUACCCCGUGUGCGUCGGCCAUGAAAUCGUUGGUCACGUGGUGUCUCUCGGCAGCAGCGUCACCACCCUCAAGCUCGGUGACAGAGUCGGCGUGGGUGCGCAAGCCUUCUCAUGCCUGAAAGACGACUGCGAUGAAUGCAGGGGCGGAUUAGAACAGCAUUGUACAAAAAUGGUCGGCACGUACAAUGGCCAGUAUCCAGAUGGCAGCUGGAGCAUGGGCGGGUAUGCGGAUUACGUUAGAGUGCCGGCGCAUUUUGCAAUCAAAAUUCCAGAUGCAAUUUCCUCGGAAGAUGCUGCGCCAAUGAUGUGUGGUGGCAUUACGGUAUAUGCUCCAUUGAUCAACAAUGGUGCCGGGCCAGGAAAAGCAGUCGGCAUCAUAGGAUUUGGUGGACUAGGCCAUUUUGGAAUUUUGUUCGCGAAGGCGCUCGGGUGCGAAACAGUGGUUGCGAUUAGUAGGAAGAGAAAUAAGGUAGAUGACGCGAAGGCCAUGGGCGCGACGGAAUACAUUGCGACGUCAGAAGACGAGAAAUGGGCGCGCAACCACGCUAGGAGUCUCGAUCUCAUUAUUAGUACUGUUUCCUCGCCUGAUAUGCCGCUAGAAUCGUACUUGCGACUCCUCAAGACAGGCGGACAGUUCAUUCAAGUUGGCGCACCUGAGGACAAGCUACCGCCCAUCGCGGCGUUUGGGCUGAUUGGCAAGGGCUGUAAGAUUGGAGGCAGUCAGAUUGGUAGUACAAAAGAGAUUGAGGCGAUGCUGAAGUUUGCGGCAGACAAGGGGGUGAAGCCAUGGGUGCAGACAAGAAGUAUGAAGAAGGCGAACGAGAGUGUGGUGGAUAUGGAGGACGGAAAGGCGAGGUACAGAUACGUGCUCGUCAGCGAGGAUGGGGAGAGGGCAAAGAUGUAGAUGGUGCAGCCAGUUUAGAUACUAAAUAGGAUAUGUAGACUGUACCAAUAUCAGUACAUUUGCCUGAU